AAGAAGAAGACGAAUAGCCAGAUGACCUGCGUGGUUUUAGUAGAUCUAUAAACAGUAUGUGAUACCGUCCUGCCGCCCGUUAAACUACAGUUGCCAAUAGGUGAUGCUUUAGCGAUCAGUGCGAUCUGUGUUGGCAGGGAACAAGCUGUCCGUACAACUGAGCGUGUACUGCGUGCCUGCCCCGAUAGUGGCUACGUGUAAUAUUACGGGAAAAUGGCAGAUAGAAGGAAUGCUAAUGUUCUCAACACCGGUGCAAAUUUACUGUUCAGCGCCGCUCCUGAGUUUAACUUCAAUUUGCCUUUCAUACCAGUGAGUCAGGCCACUGGUCCGGCGGUGUUGUCAGGAGAUGAUUCCACUGAUGUUGGAGAAGAAGACAGCUUUCUAGGCCAGACCUCAGGGAAUGGACCGGCCCCCUCUACAUUCAGCUAUUUCUCCAGCCCUGUAACCAGCAGUGAUCCUUUUGCGUCCAUUGGGCAGUCACCAUGCCCACUGCCACCCCUGUCAGCAGCUCCGACAACAACAGGCCCCGUUUCUUUUCCCAGCAGUGUCAGCAUGGCUCCACCACCAUCCAUAGGCUUACAAAUGAACCCUGCUCCUCCAUCAUUUGGCAGUGCAGUUUACCAGAGUCCUGUGGGACGUCACACUCCUCCACCCACCACAGUGACCCCACCUCCUCCCCAGAUGCAGCCACAGAGUCAUAACCCAUACCGGCACACCCCCACGAGCAGCAGAGCCAGUCCUUAUAUUCCGGCUCCGGAGAUCCUGCCACCAACACACACACCUCAGCAAAAUCCCUAUCCUUUCAGCUCUCCGCCACAAACAUUCCCGCUGUCAGGACCCACGUUCACAAAGCCGCCUCCCACUCAAGCACCUCCACCUCUAUCCACCACUGCUGGACCGAUAGUUCCCAUGGGCCCCAUGAUGCCGAUGAACUUCAAUGUCUACGAACCCGUUCAGCCUCACUGGUUCUACUGCAAGCAAGUGGAGUCAAAGAGCGUCUGGCUUCCUUUCAGCAUCAUUGACUCCCUUCAUCUAGACGAGACGUAUAACUCAGUUCAACCAGACCCAGAAAAUGUGAUUGUACGCACAGAUGGAGGACGUUACGAUGUGCAGCUCUAUGACCGCGUGCGGACUGCGGUGUACUGGGAGGAGGAGGCUACAGAGGUCCGGCGCUGCAGCUGGUUCUACAAAGGGGAUAUGGAUAGCCGCUUUGUCCCCUACUCUGAGGAGUUUAGUAACCAGCUGGAGGCAGAAUAUAAGAAAGCUGUGUCGACCAACCAGUGGCACCGUAGACUAGAGUUCCCAUCAGGAGAAACCAUUGUAAUGCACAAUCCAAAGGUGAUUGUGCAGUUUCAGCCAUCCUCCAUGCCAGAUGAGUGGGGCACAACUCAGGAUGGGCAGACAAGGCCCAGAGUGGUGAAAAGAGGGAUUGAUGAUGACCAUGAUGAAGUGCCUGAUGGUGAGUCCUCUAAGGUGGAUCAUCUUGUGUUCAUGGUUCAUGGGAUCGGUCCUGUGUGUGACCUGAGGUUUAGGAGCGUGGUCGAGUGUGUGGACGACUUCCGCAAUGUGUCACUCAAGCUGUUGCUCAGUCACUUUAAGAAAUCACUGGACGAGCACGCCAUAGGCCGGGUGGAAUUCCUCCCUGUCCAGUGGCACACGGCUCUGCAUGGAGACGCCACAGGGGUGGACAGGAGGAUAAAGAAGAUCACCUUGCCGAGCACUGGGCGUUUACGUCACUUUACAAAUGAGACUUUGUUAGACGUGCUUUUCUACAACAGUCCCACUUACUGCCAGACCAUCAUGGACGCAGUUGCUUUAGAGAUUAACAGACUUUAUGCCCUCUUCAUGAAGAGAAACCCAGACUACAGAGGAUGCAUAUCACUGGCUGGACACAGUUUAGGUUCCCUGAUUCUCUUUGACCUGCUGUCAAAUCAGAAGAAUGGCUCUGCUCCACUGGCCAUGCCAAUCAUGCCCACUGCUAAUGGAGACCCCAAACAGGUGGCAGCCACGGUUACACAGGGAAAUAAUGCUGUCACGCCUCCAGCUGUGGAAGAGGAGCCCAAAGAAGAUGGAGAGGAGUUUGAGGAUCUUUCUGCUAUGCUGGAACAUCUGGGCCUGUCUGAGUACAAGAGUACUUUUGAUUUGGAGAAGAUUGACAUUGAAUCUUUUCUUAUGUGCACAAUUGAGGAUCUGAAAGAGAUGGGAAUCCCCCUGGGACCCAGGAAAAAGAUUGCCAAGUUUGUCAAAGAAAGAGUGAAUAAGCAGGCUGCACGCCAGGCAGCCCAGGAGCAGAAAGCGGAAGUCAAAGAGGUCAGUCAGGUCAUGGCCUCACCACCAGCAGCUGAAGUUCUCCCUGUUCCUGCUGUCAUCAAGCCUCCAGUGGGCAAUACUGUCUCUUCAAUUCACGUCAACUACAAUUACUUUGAAGUUGGCACUGGACAGGUGUCAGUGGUAUACCACGCUCUGGACUUUGAGCCAGUAAAUUUCUUUGCUUUGGGUUCUCCUAUUGGCAUGUUCUUGACAGUCCGAGGACUGGAGAGGAUUGAAGAGACGUACCAGCUGCCCACGUGCAAGGGAUUCUUCAAUAUUUACCAUCCGUUGGACCCAGUGGCAUACAGGAUUGAGCCCAUGAUAAUACCAGACUUGGAGCUGAAACCCGUUUUGAUCCCUCAUCACAAAGGGAGGAAGAGGCUUCAUCUGGAGCUGAAGGAGAGUCUCUCCAGGAUGGGCUCAGACCUGAAGCAUGGUUUUAUCAGCUCCUUGAAGACCGCCUGGCAGACACUCAACGAGUUUGCCCGUGCUCACACCUCAACUGCUCAGCUUCAGGCUGAGCUUGCCAUCGUGGCCAAUCAGAUCGAAGAGCAGGAGAAGCAAGUGGAAGAAGCACAAAAGAUCCCAGAGAGCCCUGAGCCACAAAAAGAGGAGGAGCCUCAGGUGAAGAUCGGGCUGUUGAAUGGCGGGAAUCGCAUCGACUACGUCUUGCAGGAGAAACCUAUCGAAAGUUUCAAUGAGUACCUGUUUGCCCUCCAGAGUCAUCUCUGCUACUGGCAAUCUGAAGACACGGCUCUGCUACUUCUCAAAGAGAUCUAUAAGACCAUGGGGAUCCAUCCAGAACAGAUAGCACAUUAACGUUGUUUCUGAGAUGAAAGUAAGCCUGUCCAAAAUGUUCACAUUUGGUUUAUUUCAUGCAAGUUCUCCUGGAUUUUUUUCUUUUAUUUUCUGUUUAUGUAGUUGAUUGUAUGCAGAUGAAUAAUACAAUUGUAUUAUUCCAUUUGUCUUAAAUUAAGAAACAUGCAGUUUAGCUAGAAGAUUCAGACACUUGACAAGUUUGAUAUAAAAUUUUUUAUAGUGUAAAUUACAGAACUAGUCAAGUUUACCGAAAAUAUGUAUCAUUGAAUGAAAUGUUAACAGCAGAAAUGACACAGCAGCAGUUAAUGCAGCAUUUUGAAGUUUUAUUUCAUGGCCAAAAGUCCAGAAUAAAUCAUUUCCUUUCACAAGUUGUACUGUAUUGUAUGGUGGUGUACUGCUGAGAGGAAGACAUAGAACACUUCUCCUGCAGGGUGAGGAGUACCAAAAGGUGUAAUAUUUGCAAAAACAUUGGUUAAAAAUAAUUACAGUUCAGGAUUAGAUGCAAGAAUAACCUGCUGUCAUUGUGAGAAAAAUAAAGCACUUCUUAACCUG